GCGCACUGGACACCACGGUCCACGUGAUUUCCAUCAUGGGGCGGAAGAAGCGGCAAUGGGCAUUCCAGGAGGCGAACGACGGCAACUCUGUUGUGGCUGACUUGCGGAAGACGUCGGCAAGAGAGAUGAAGUACGACAACAUGCAGCAAUCGUCAGCAAUGCACAUGGAUCAGUCGUCCAUGCUCCGAAAAAAGCUCCACCGCGAUCGGAUUCGCGAGUAUCGUCGAGCGAUGGUGCUCGAAGCCGAGUUUCUCACAGAGAAGGUCAACACGUUAGAAGCCAAGCUAGCGACAUUCUUGUCACAGCAGCAAGAACGAGACAAACCACUGCGCAGUGGUCGUCGUCUUCCGUGGCAUGAAGUUGCCAACGCGUUGAAAGAAGCAGCUGACGACAGCAUCACCCUGCACGAGGACCUCACGAGGUUCGUCGAAGACAACAGGGUCUUGAUUGUAGCGAUGACGGUGUGGCGUAACCACCACAGUGCCAUCCAGGCCUUUCCCCGCGCUAAUACCACGACCUGGCGGAAUACACAUCUUGUCCUGCCUGAACCAUCACGGCAGCACGGCUUCGAAUGGAUCACGAAUCAUAUGCUACACCAAACGGCGAGCAUUCUCGACCAGUGCGCAUUCCCGCCAAACGACCCUUCUUUCCUCGAUGUACGCUUCCACGCUCCAGAUCCCAACGACGGCGUUGGUUACAUUGCAUCGCAUCGGCACCAACUCAUCUUGCACGGAUCCAUGCCCGACGUCGUAGAAGGCCUGGCCAAGCUCUAUUUGCGAGAUAAGCACACCGUCCCAUUCAUCGAAAAAGAAGAUCUCGACACACAGUUCAUGCAAGGGUACGGCCGGUAUAGCCGGCAUUGGACAGACCCGUCCAACCCGAUUCACUUUCUGCGGCGGCUGCACACCCAGCGACGGCGAGCGACGUUCGUUGGAUGCAACAUUGCUGGCGACGACAAAUACCCCAUCACAGGGUACUCUCGCGACGCGUUAGCAUGGAUUGUCGUGACCGAACUCGAGCCGAAUGUGCUGCUGUACCAAAACUACUUUAUAUGUUGUCAAGCUCGCGACCAACGAGGACGUCUUGUCGCGUUGAAUGUGGACGCGGCACGCAUUGGCCUGGACGGGACGUCGACCAUGUCCGACUCGGACAAGUGGGCCGCGUUUCAAGCGCAUUAUGUGGAGUGGACAAGGAAAUCCGUCGCCAACGCUGAGCGGUGGCUGCGGGAAUACCUUCGAAGUGUGGCGUAUGCACCAGAGAGUCACGCCCACGAGUCUGCAUGACGUUCCCGUGUUUUGGCCGGACCUUUGUCGUAGCUUGGACGGACACGACGUAUGGGGCAACAUUCGUCUGGCAAACCUCCGUCUUCCUGACACGGUCGCGGGAAUUCCACUAACAAAGACUCGAUCUGUCGUGAUGCCGUCCAAUGUGGAGCCUUGA